AUGCCCCAUCUGCAGCUGGUGAUGUCCUUGUCCGGAUAUGUGGUCCAAUCUCAAGUAACACAACACGUUCAAGCUGACCUUGGCUAUCGACAACCUUACUUUCUGUUCUACUUUGCUCAUUCUAGCCUAAUGAUAAUAUUCCCUAUUCACGUUAUGCUGCUAUCAUUGUACACCAAAAUACCACCUACCCCUUAUUUGACGGGUCUCCGAGCAGCGUUGAUCAGUCAAAUGGAGCCCACAGGACGGCCAUCGCGUAUUCGUGCAUUCCCUCUCCACAAAUUUCUUAGAAGAAUAAUUCUACUUACGACUGGAGUCACCGUUCCUGGGUUGUUGUGGUAUAUCGCAGUGUCAUUGACUUCCCUAAGUGAUGUCACUGCCAUAUUGAACUGUAACGCAAUGUGGACAUAUAUCCUCACCGUGCUCCUCGUGGGUACAAAGUGGGAACUUCAUCGCCUUCUCUCGGUAGUCGUGGCCGUCUCUGGAGUCUUUCUAAUUGUUUACGGCGGAGCCACUUCCACCUCCAAAAUCAACACCAGCGUUACUUUCAAACACUCCCAAAGCCUAUUCACAUCAACAGAUGUCAUUGGGGACAUCCUCGCGCUCAUUGCUUCCAUUGCAUAUGCUGUCUAUCAAGUAAUGUAUAAAGUCUACAUCGCACUCCCUGUGGAACAAGAUCCAGGAAGUGCGGUACUUUCUUCGCCCGUAUAUGAACGAAUCAGUGUUGAUCCAGAAGCCCCUGCUACCUCCCACUUUGACCCUCCAUCCCCAACUACCCGCACGCAACGUAUACCGCCACUGGCACCUACAACUCGAGCCCGAGCCCCCUCAGGUGCAUCUUCCCUCUUGAAUUCGUCCGGAGAUCUCAAUGAUCCCCAUACCCCGAUUCCACCCACGUUCGGCUUCCAUCCUAAUUUCAUCACAAGCUGUCUAGGCCUCGUCACGUUCUUUCUUCUCUGGAUCCCCAUUCCAAUCUUGCAUCAUCUAGGCAUAGAAAGAUGGCGAUCGCCACCUGAUCUUCAAACCUGGGCGUCGAUCGUCGUGGUGGCACUCUGCGGCUGUGCGUAUUAUGGUGGAUUCAUGAUUCUACUCGCACUCUGGGGACCCGUUGUGGCAUCCGUCGGAAACCUGCUUACCAUCGUCCUGGUUCUCAUCUCAGACACCUUAUUUGGGCACGCUCGAGAAGCGGUGACAUUUUUAAGUCUCGCCGGUGCGACGAUGAUUAUUGGAGCAUUUUCGAUAUUGAUUCUGGAAGCGGUGUUGAAAGAUCGGCGCAAUAGAGAAGAGUCGGUAAUAGAUGAGAGCGAAUGAACAGGAUAUCACAUCCACCUUUGAAAGCACCUAAAAGGCAGCGAUUGAGACCCGCAUUUCAUUGUUCCGAAUCAUUCAGGCCGAAGAGUUUCAUCGGGGUAAUGUUCUAUCAAUUAGUAAUGCACUGCAAUGCAGAAGUACAUCGUAUGCAACCCAACGCUGGGUCGAGAGUGAGAGCAAGCAAUGAGACAUCAAUUCUAAAUAAUAACUAUUGAUACGAAAAAACAAGUAGACCCCACUCCCGUGCAAUUUUCGUCC